UUUUUUUUUUUAUUGCAUUUCAGAAAAUGAAGAACUUUAUCACAAUAUUCUAAUUUUCUGAGACAGUCCUGUAGUUGUCUUACCCUGCCUUCACAUCAGCCAUUUUUAACAUGCAUAUUUAUUUUAUUGUCAAAUAUGACAUGAGGAAAAGAAAUCGCAAUAAAGAAAUAAGAACAGAGAACUUUUCCCAUUGCAGCAAACAAUCUUUGUAUCACACGUCAACAUGAUUCAUGCUAUCAUGACCACACCUAUGUUGUACAAGCUGUGAUAAAUCCUUCAUUCUUUUGUUUGCCAAUUGCCAUUUUACAUUAGUAGUUUUGCUUUGAUUUUUUGAUUAUCUUUUGUCAAAUUCAAUUGUCUUUCUAUUGUGUGUAGUGCUAAGAACUGAUCAUGUCUACACUUGAACCCCAAGAGCAACAUUUGCUUUGCUUUAACCUAACAGUAGCGUGUAGUGAAGUAUACAUUCAACGGAUUGGCUUCUGGAAACUAACUGCAACAGUAAAACAAAAUAAAAUCAAUCUCUAGGUGUUACCAAACAGAAAUGACCUCACUGAUAACCAGCCCAUGGAUGCUCCCAGAAGACAACAGUAGAUUCCCUCUCUGUUGAUUAGUUUUAUCUCCUAUUUACAUCUUUAUUGCCUUGACAAUCUGAGAGAUUCUAGACAGUCACACCUCAUAUGUCACCAGGGUCCAAAGUCUGCAUAUAAAUUCAUUACAACACUCAGUUUGAACCCAGUAAAUACACAAUUCCAUAAGGUUGUUUAAUAAGUUCUAGUAACAUAGAAAUUGCAUGUGAUGAUGCCACUGGCUUUGUACGACUGACUCCAAAUUUGAGUUGAUUAGAUAAAUGCCAGUAUUUAUUUGAAUAUUGACGGACAUGGGUGCACUACAGUAAUUCAGCACAUAGAAGCAGUAAGCCUAAAUGUUUUCAUUUGGAUCAUCAAAUGAAUUUGGCUUGUUCUAUAAGCCCCCUCCCUUUUAUGAAAUGAAUGAUAGGACAGGUCUAUUGCAAGCAGCCACCUUCUACCCUACUUCCUUCUGGGCCUGUCAGUACAAAGUCAAAGUGCCAUAAAAUCUAUUUGCCUGAGUGUUUCCUCCCACUCCGCAGUAGGACAACCGGGACAUAGAAAGCAACUCUGCAGGAGGCUCAAAUAAGGUUUUUUUAUGAAGAACUAACUAACAAGAAUUGAAAGGAACAUUGAAAAUCGGUGAUGCUGAGAAAGGGGGAGUGGGUUUGGCUGGACUCGGGCAGUGGAGUGCCAAUCGGAGCUAAGGUCAAAGAAACACCAAGCGGUCGGCGUUUAUUGGUGGAUGAUGCAGGAAAGGAACACAGUUUGUCCCCAGAGCAGGAAGCCUCCCUCAAGAUCAUGCAUCCGACAUCAGUGGAGGGGGUGGAUGACAUGAUCAAAUUGGGUGACAUGACAGAGGCUGGCCUACUACGAAACCUGAUGAUGCGCCACAAGCAAGGAACCAUCUAUACUUACACAGGCUCGGUUCUGGUGGCAGUGAACCCAUACCAAGUUUUCCCCAUAUAUUCAAAUGACCAGGUAAAACUGUACCGUGGUAAAAAGCUUGGGGAACUCUCUCCACACAUCUUUGCCAUCGCUGAAUCCUGCUACUUCAACAUGAAACGCCAUCUUAGGAACCAGUGCUGCAUCAUCAGUGGCGAGUCUGGAGCGGGCAAGACUGAAAGCACAAAGUUGAUCUUGCAGUACUUAGCAGCAGUCAGCGGUGAGCUCUCUGAACAUCACAUUGCAAAACAGAUCUUGGAGUCCAACCCGAUCUUGGAAGCUUUUGGAAAUGCCAAGACCAUCAGGAAUGACAACUCCAGUCGUUUUGGAAAAUAUUUGGAGAUCUUCUUCAAGGAGAGUGGGGUCAUUGAAGGCGCACGCGUGGAGCAAUACCUUUUGGAGAAAUCUCGUGUCUGCCAUCAGGCCCAGGAGGAGCGAAACUAUCACAUCUUCUAUUGCAUGCUGGCAGGAAUCACAGCAGAGGAGAGGAAAAGUUUGCGUCUAAAAAAUGCACAAGAUUACAUAUUCCUCACUAAGGGCGAGUGUAUCACAUGCGAAGGGAGGCAAGAUGCGGAGGACUUCAGGCGUAUUCGAUCUGCCAUGAAAAUUCUAACCUUCUCCGAUCAGCAGUGUUUUGAAAUUCUCAAGCUACUUGCAGCUAUAUUACACCUGGGAAACGUCUUCUUUGAAGGAAAUACACAAAAUAACUUGGAAACCAGCGACGUCAGCAACUCGGAACAUUUUAGCAUUGCAGCAUCUCUGCUAGAGGUUGAGAAUUGUGUGCUGGCCAACAGUUUGACCAAUCGUUCCUUUAUGACCAAUAGAGAGAUGGUGACGAAACCUCUUGACUGUGAGCAGGCAUCUGCAUGUAGAGACGCCUUUGUCAAGGCAAUCUACAACAAACUCUUCAUAUGGAUCGUUGGAAAAAUCAAUGGUGUCAUCCACAAAAGAAUCACUCACCAACCCAAAUCAUCCUAUCUGUCAAUUGGCCUGCUUGAUAUAUUUGGUUUUGAGAACUUCGAGAUCAACAGUUUUGAACAGCUGUGCAUAAACUUUGCAAACGAGAAGCUGCAGCAGUUCUUUGUGGGUCACAUCUUCAAGCUGGAGGAGAAGGAAUAUCUGAAAGAAAACAUUGUGUGGAAUAACAUCAACUUUGGUGACAAUCAGAAGAUUCUGGAUCUUCUGGCCGGGAAACCCUGUAACCUUCUAGCGCUGAUUGAUGAAGAGAGCAAUUUUCCAAAGGGCUCAGAUCUGACGAUGCUUAUCAAAAUGAAUCAGCAGCAUCAUGGAAACAAGACCUUUAUUUCUUCAAAGAGUGAACAUGACACUGAUUUUGGAAUUCACCAUUUUGCAGGCAUUGUUUUUUAUGACUCCAAAGGGUUCCUUGAGAAGAAUAGAGACGCUGUAAGCUCUGACAUAUUCAAGAUGGUUGACAUGUCCACCAACAAGUUGCUUCAGCAGAUUUUCAUGCCAGAGCUUUCAAUCAAUGGAAUGAAGUUGACCAAAAACCAGCGGAUUAUGAUCACACCCAAGAAUUCUAUGCGGUCCCUUCAGGACAACCGCAAGCAAGUGCCGACCCUCAGCGGUCAGUUCCGGCAAUCUCUGGACGCCCUCAUGAAGGCUCUCUCUGUCUGCCAACCGUACUUCAUCCGCUGCUUCAAACCAAACAACAACAAGCAGUCUGGGGACUUCGACCGAGAACUUUGUAUGCGUCAGCUGCGAUACUCUGGCAUGAUGGACACCAUCCGCAUCAGGAAACUGGGCUAUCCCAUUCGCCACAGUUUUGUGGAAUUCUUGACUCGCUACAGAGUGCUCCUGAAGACAACCGUGUGUGACCCAAAAACUAACACAGCUGCUGCCUGUUGUGACGCCAUCUGCCAGACGGCGUUUAAAACACCUGACGAGUGGAGAAUCGGAAAGACCAAGAUUUUCCUGAAGGAUGCUCAUGAUGCUGUGCUGGAACGCCUGAGGGAAGAAGAACUCAGCAGGAAAGCUCUUGUGAUCCAGCGAUUCAUGCUGGGAUGCAAGGACAGAAAGUCUUUUCUAAAGAAGAGGAGGGCGGCUGUGGUGUUGCAAAAACACUGGAGAACUUACAGGGAAAACAAAACAAGACUAAAGAUCCUACAAGGUUUUGAACGCCUGGUGUCAAAAACCCGUGGUCGGAAACUUCAGUAUCAAUUUGGAAGGCAACGAUCAGCAACACUCAUCUUACAGACUCGUCUACGGGGUUACUGGGCCAGGAAGACUUGGAAGCAUAAGAGAGAAGCAGUCAUACUUCUGCAGGCUUACACCAGAAGAUUCCUGGCAAGACAAUUAUUUACCAGCAUGAGGAUUAAGGGCCUGUCUGAUCCACCUCCAUGUGGUCGGCUUUUACCAGAGGAGCAUGGGACUGAAGAUGACAUUGCCGAGGAGCUGAAGCGCAGACAAGAUGCCAGCAUGAGGUUUAAGGGCCUCUCUGACCCACCUCCGUGUGGUCCGCUUACACCAGAGGAGGAUGGGACUGAAGACGACAUUGCCCGGGAGCUGAAGCGCAGACAAGAUGCCAGCAUGAGGAUUAAUGGCCUCUCUGACCCACUUUUGUGUGGUCCGCUUACACCAGAAGAAGAUGGGACUGAAGAUGACAUUGCCCAGGAGCUGAAGCGCAGACUAGAAGAAGUCGUCAUACAGGCUCAGCAAGCUGAUGAGGAGCUUGAGUUCGUCACUCCGAUAGAUUUGGUGGAAGAGGAAAGAAAUAUUAUGCCCAUACCUCUUGUGACAAUUACAAAGUAUGAAGAAUUGGAAUCAGAGGAAAUGGAGAAAGCAGAGACCAGGUCUGAGAUGAGCAUUGCAGGCUCAGACACAACAACACCGACUCCAUCAUUCGACGAAGAGGAAGACGAAUUUGAAGAUCUCACAGACGAGUAUUCAUUCUACAAGUUUAGCAUUCUUCACUUCCAGGGUGAUGCCAGCCACACACACAUCCUAAAUCAGAGACUCAGGAAGCCUCUUCUGCAACACGACGAUGAGAGUGACACGCUGGCCUGUCUGACCAUAUGGUGGAUUAUACUCCGAUUCAUGGGGGACAUUCCCGAGCCCAGGUCUCAGGAUGCCACAUCUCAGGCCUCUUUCAGCAUUUCUCGCCAUCUGCCUAACAGGCAAGGCAGGAGGCUGAGCAGCUUGGUGGGACUCGACCAGAAAAUACUAAGGAAGAACAAGAAAAAGCACGGAAACAGGAAGGCCUCGACUAUUCUUGAGGAGCCGGAGAGAUUCGCGGAGGAUGAGGAGGUUUUGAUUGGAGAAGGUCCUACUUUGGACAGGCCACUUUCCCUUCUGGAAAAACUGCACAUUAUUGUUGGAUAUGCACUAGCCAAACAAGGAAUAAGAGAUGAGAUUUACUGUCAGAUCUGUAAGCAGCUGACGAACAAUAAAAACCGAGCGAGCCGUACGCAAGGAUGGGUCCUUCUGUCCAUCUGUCUGGGGAUCUUUCCCCCGACAGACCUCUUUAACAAGUAUUUGGAGACCUUUAUCCGCAAGGGGCCAAGUGGUUAUGCUGAAUAUUGUAGUAAGCGUCUGCAUCGCAUCAAAGCCAACGGAGAAAGAAAAGAGCUGCCCUGUUGGCUGGAAUUACAGGCUGUGAAAGCCUUGGAGCCUAUAGAAAUGACCGUGACUCUGAUAGAUGGCAGUAAUGUCAGCUUGCAGUUGGACUCGGCCUCCACCUCUGCCGAGGUCUGUCAAGCUGUGGCUGACAAGAUUAAUAUGCGAGACACCUAUGGAUUCUCCCUCUACAUUCGUUUUUUUGACAAAAUGUGGUCUCUGGGCAGCUGCGGGAAACAUGUGUUGGACGCUGUAUCACAGUGUGAGCAGGAGAUGAGGCGACAGGGAAAGCAUGAGAAGGACACCCCUGUGCAGUUCACAGUCCGCAAAGAGCUGUUCACGCCGUGGCACAACUGCUCUCAAGACUCCAUCAGCACCGAUCUCAUUUACAAGCAGGUCAUUCAGGGCAUCAAGUCAGGAGAGUACACGUGUGAGAAGGAUGAUGAAUAUAUCCAGCUGGCUACAAUGCACUAUUAUAUCCAGUUUGGCUCGAUAUACAGCAAAGAGAAUGUCCAGAGGGUGGUUGAGGACUGCAUUGCUAUACAUCUGAUCGAGAGCAAAUCCAUGGCAAAAUGGAUCCAACUCAUCAGCUCAGUGUACUUGCAGGGUGCUUACACAAAGGGGACCAUGAGCAAAGAGGUUGUAAAAGGAGAACUUGUCGACUGUGCUCGAGUGGAUUGGCCAGUCUACUUCUCCAAGUUUUAUGACGUUACAAUGACGUCAGGACCAACUUUACCCAAAAGCAGGUUUGUUGUGGCUGUAAACUGGAAUGGCAUUUUCUUCAUGGAUGGAAGAGACAAGAAACUCCUUGAGUUGCCUUAUGUGGAGAUAAAAGAAGUCAGAAUGUUGAGUAACCAGUCGGUGAGUGUAGUGACAAUUCGAGGUGAAUUUGUCCUAAUGUGUGGCGAAGCUGAUGACAUGGCCGCACUUGUUGAGCAAAACUUGAGUGGACUACGAGCUCGAUCGGUGUUUGCACUCGCCCAGCAGGAUUCCAAUAAAUCAGAUGAUCCCUUAUUCUUGGUCUGUAAACAAGGAGACCUCUUGUUGGUAGAAAAUGAUAAAAAAUCCUCCAACAAGAAUGUGGUCAAAGCUACAAAUCAGAAGACAAAUAUCAGUGGUCUUGUCUAUAAGAAUGCAUUGCAGUUUCUUCCAACACUCAGCAGACCCACUGAUGACAUGAUGGAGCUGCUCAGUCCACAUCAGAGGGAAUCAUCCAUGACACAAAUUGGGCCCCAAAGAGAAGAAACGGUUGCUCCUAUCUCUCUAAGAGAGUUUGCACUUGACCAUUUUAGACCUCUAGGUAAAGAAAGGCUGUGGGUGUGUUCAAGAGAACUGCUGAGGCAGCCACUCAUGAAGAGUCUGGUCCGCAACUCUGAGCUGAACUCCAUCGCCUGCAAUUCCUUCACUGCUAUUUUGAAGUACAUGGGCGACUACCCCAUCAAACAGGUUCGCAGUCCAUUAGAGUUGACUGACCAGAUCUUCGGCCCUGCUACGCAACAUGAGCUUCUGCAGGAUGAGAUCUACUGCCAGAUCAUGAGACAAAUGACCAAUAACGACAACAGGUUGAGCAUGGAGCGCGGAUGGCAGCUGUUGUGGUUGUGUUCAGGCUUGUUUCCUCCCAGUCACGAUUUGAUGAGACACGCUCAGCGCUUCCUGGAGUCACGACCCAGAGAACCACUGGCUGCAGGAUGUCUCCAGAGGCUCCAGCACAUGUGCAGUAAGGAACCCAGGAAACAUCCUCCACCUCUGGUCGAAGUCGAUGCCAUCCAGCAGAACAGCACUCACAUUUUCCAUAAAAUUCACUUCCCGAAUGACACAAACGAUUUAUUCGAGGUGACAUCGACGACCACAAUCCAAGAUUUGUGCUACAGUAUUGCUUCUCAGCUAAAACUGACCUCACCAGAUGGCUACGGCCUCUAUUUGAAAACAACAAAUAAGAUACUGAGCUUGACUGAGCAGGAAUAUUUAUUUGACAGUUUACGAGAGGCGACUAAUAUUUCAAAGAAAGGGAAGAAAGUGAAAGAAACGGUCAACUUAGCCUACGCUCUAAUUUUUAAGAGGAAGCUCUGGUUCAAUGUGCUGCCAGGUAAAGACUUGGUUGCAGACCUCACCUUCCAUUUCCCGCAGGAGAUGCCCAAAUACCUCACGGGGUAUCACAAAUGCAGCAAAGAGGAUAUCAUCAACCUUGGUGGGCUGCUUUUCAGAGCCAAAGUGGAUUCUGACAGGUCACAGUUUGUCAUGAUCCCCAAAAUGCUGAAAAACAUGCUCCCUGCUGACCAGAUCCAAAGUGCAUCUCCGGAGGAAUGGAAGAAGCACAUCAUGUCAUCCUACAACAAGCAGAGUGGCAUCACAGUGGAGGAAUGCAAAAUUGCCUUCCUGCAAGCCAUAGCCAGCUGGCCAACCUUUGGCUGUACCUUCUUUGAAGUUAAACAAACAUGUGAGUCAAGCUACCCAAGUACAGUUUGGAUUGCUAUCAGCAAACAAGGUGUAAGCUUAAUCGACCCAAAGUCAAAGGAGUUGCUGGUCAUGCAUCCAUUCAGUCGCAUCACAGAGUGCCACAGCAAAGGCGACUACUUCCAGAUGACCAUCGGCACCGUGGUCCGAGGGAACGUCUUUGUCUGUGAAACAUCGCAGGGUCACACGAUGGAGGACCUUCUCAGAUCGUAUGUCAGGAUGUAUGAAAGGCAAAGGCAGGCCUUCCGAUCCAAAAACCACAUUUUUACUUGAGCUUCUGUGAUUAACAAAAACUCAUUUGACCUCAUAACAAGGCAAGAACAUUCCAGGUUUUCUUUUGUCUUUCUCAUAAUUCCAAUUCAUACUGUCAUUUUGAAUAUAUGAAUAUUUUCCUGUAUUGUUUGACCAAGCUCAUAAAUUAUGAACACAAUAAAUGUCUGGCUCAAAUCGUC